UGGUGGUGUUAAGACGAAAAUUUUUGGAAAUGUUUGGACUAUUUUGGGAGUGCUGUUUUGUUCCUGAAAACAAUAUUCAAUACCACAACCCAUCCAUACACCAGCGUCUGUGAAUUACCAGUUGUUCCAGCGGGUUGUACUUGUUCCCGUCUUACGGCUGUAAGUUGCAAGGAUCUAAAUCUGACAGAAAUACCAGCAGGGAUAUCUCGCAACGUUACAAAACUUACGCUUUCUAAUAAUAACAUAACAGUGUUAACCAGCGGAGCAUUUAGCAGCUACCCCGGAUUGAAGUCGAUUUCUUUAGCUGGAAAUGCUAUACGCCAUCUACCGUCUGGAGCGUUUUUAGGUAUCAACAAUCUACUCAAACUAUAUUUACAAUACUGUAAGAUCGAAUCCAUCUCGUCAGAAGCUUUCAAGGGCUUAGCAUCCCUGAGAGAGAUAGUUCUUGCUCAUAAUAACUUGAAGCACUUCAACGUGGAUGUGAUGAAAGAUAUGCCAUCUUUAAGCACUCUGGAUUUGUCACAAAAUAAACUAACAUUAGAGGACGUUUCGUGGCCUGAAGGUCUUCAACUCAAGUGGCUUUUUCUUGAAGAUAACCACAUCGCUACCAUUGAGAAGAAUACAUUUGCGUCACUUACCUCUUUGAAAGUUUUGCUACUACACAACAACCAAGUGUCAUCCAUCCACAGGGAAGCGUUUCAUCAACUGACAGAACUCAUUGAAGUAAACUUAUCAAACAACAAGAUACAUAAUUUCCCUUCUCAAGUCUUCUACAACAUGUGCGCACUGGCCAAGCUAUACUUCAAGAAGUUCCAUUACUGUAGUUUCGCUCCGUAUGUGCGAAUAUGUAGACCUAACACAGACGGACUUUCUUCUACUGAGCACUUACUAGUGCGACCAGUUUUGCGCAUGUCAGUGUGGGUGGUAGCGCUAGUAACAUGUUCAGGAAACAGCCUGGUGUUAUUUUGGCGAAUCAUUGUUCGACGUCGAACAGAAGAGUACCAGAUUACAGCUUUAUUCAUUAAGAACCUUGCAGUGUCGGAUCUUCUAAUGGGAGUAUACCUUGUAGUCAUCGGGGCCAAAGAUGUGGCUUUCAGGGACGAGUACAACAGACAUGCUCAUCAAUGGAUGUCCAGCUGGGGAUGCACAGCUUGUGGCGUACUGGCCAUGUUAUCUUGUGAGGUAUCCAUCCUCAUCCUAACCCUAAUGACAAUGGACAGAUAUCUCUGCUUUAAGUGUAACAACCAUAGGGUGACAACAAACGCUGCCCUCUACAGUUUGGCAGGAAUCUGGCUGUGUGGUCUAGUCUUGGCUUUAUUUCCCGUGAUCAGGUGGCCGCACGACCGUGGAUUCUACUCUAGUAACGGGCUCUGCUUCCCUCUACAUAUUGAUGACCCUUACAUGCUGGGAUGGGAAUUUUCAACUUUUGUGUUCCUUGGAGUCAACUUUCCUGCUGUACUACUGAUGGUAGUGCAGUAUGUUUGGAUGUUUUCUAUCAUCUCUCGCCGAAUGAGCAAGUCCCAGCCCGGAACCCUGAAACCCGCUAGGUACAAAGACGACACGGUGGUGGCGUUUCGGUGCUUUUUCAUUGUUUUGACUGAUUGUUUGUGUUGGGUACCAAUUGUCAUAAUCAAGAUUGUUGCUCUGUGUGAAAUAACGAUAUCAGAAAAUCUGUUUGCUUGGGUUGUGGUGUUCAUCGUUCCUAUAAACAGUGCUCUCAACCCUGUGAUAUACACGUUUGGUUACCGAGCUCGGGAAAUGAAAAGAUUAACUCAAGGAGUACUGCAAUGGUGCCACAAGCCCAUGGAGCAGGUGUGGGGACCAGAAUCAAAAGCAUCUGUUGCCACUCAGAGUACAACAGUCAUUGAGUCCCGUUCUGUUAGUAGUGGCAGUAUUCUCCCACAUAAUAUCGAGGCGUCGAUCACUGUCGAUAUCAACAAAAGUGUUCAUUCAGCCUCAGAAGAAUGUCACCCAUUAAAAGGUCAAGAAACAGAACUGUAAGUGUACGAUAAUAGAAGUCAUCCAUACUUCCUCAGACGUCCCACAUAUCAAUGAUAAUCUGUAAGGUGUUAAAAUUCCAACGCUUGUGGAGUGGUUAAUUGGAAUGUUAGAAUCCUAUUAUUUAACUAAUGUUUGAUAACUUCAUAAUAUUUGAGUCCCAUUGCUUAACAGAUGGUUAAUUAUAUAAGUGUGUUGGAAUCCCAUUGUUUGGCGAGGGUUUCAUUAUGACGUAAUAACAAAAUCCCGAUUUGUGAAAGUAUUUAAUAAUAUUAGUGAUACAAUCGCAGUGUUUUGCAAGUGUUUGGUGAUAUUGUAUUUCACAAAUAGUCAGUUGUAUUGGAGUGUAGGAAUCCUAAUGUUUAAAAUGUUUAAAUGAUAUCGAAGUAUAAGAAUCCCAGUGUUUAACAAGUAUUUGUUGUUAUAUAUAUAGUAUUAGAACCCCAGUGCUUGGCAAAUGUUUAAGAGCGUUGGAGUAUCAUAAGUUCAGUUUUUGCCAAAUGUUUAAUCAUAUUGAGGCGUUAGAAUUCCAAUUUUGGACAGAUGGUUUGCGAUAUCGAUGUAUUUUGAUUAUAAUGUUUGGUAGAUGAUUCAUAAUAUUAACCCACAAUUUAAAAAUAAUUUAAUUAUUUUAGAGUGUUAUAAUCGAAGACACUUGCAGGUAGUUAAUGACAUGACACUGAAGCUUUAAAACACCGUUGUUUGGUAUAUGAUCAAUGAUAGUGGUGUUCUAGAAUUUCCUUAUCUAAAAUUGGUAAAAGUUAUUCAGGACGUAAAAUUCCAAUCAUUAACAGUUGAUAAAUAAUAUUGGAUGUUUGACAAGAUUUGACUAUACUAGUGUUCGACCACUAAUAAAUAAUAUUGAGUAUAAGAAUCCGAUAAUUUAGAAUAUCUAACACACGCGUGGAGCAGCACAAACUAGUCUAGAUAUAUCUGCAGACUAUUGUUAGAUGAAAAUCCCUGAUCUUGCUGUUUAACUUCAAGACUUAGACUGGUUUACAAACUUUGAAAAUAACAUCUAGAUAAUAAACGAUAGGGAAAUAGCAUGAUCUUACAUGUUAAGAAUAAAAACCACUGUAUUACGGAUGUUAGUAAGGAGAUAAAUUGAUCACUAUUAUAAUUAAUAUAACGACUGGAUCACAGGCUCUAGAAUGACACUAAUGGAGUCAUGGAAUCCAGAAAUAAAAACUGGAUUUCGAAUAUCAAGGAGAUUAGCCCCUUGGAUCAUGGAUGUUAGAAAGGUAACGACUGAGCCAUAGAGCAUUGUUUUAAAACAAUGGCAUCAUAGCUUUCAGAAAGACAAAGGGAUAUUUUAAGAAACUAUGGAAAUAAUAAUAAUUGGAUCAUGAAUGUUACAUUGACAACGAGUUAGGUUUGGAAAUCAUAGAAAACUGUUAAUAAGAAGUUAUUUCUGAUUGUUGAGAAAAUAUAGAAUCGACACGUAGAUUAGCAAUAUGAAGACUGGAUGAUAGGUGCUAGGAAGAUAAAAAUUGAAUCACACAUGUUAAUAAUAUUAAAACGGAAUUGUGAAUGUAAAGAAAAUAGCUGAAUCGCCAUAGUUAGUAGGAUGAUAAACGAAUUAUGAACAUCAUGAAGGUAACAACAAGAUAAUGAAUAUUAUAGGAAGAUAAAAAUUAGAUAAUGGGUGCUAUAAUAAGAAUAUAACACCUGGAUCAUGUGUAUUAAAAUAACGACUGAAUUAUAACAACUGGAUAAUGAAUGCUAUAGAAUGAUAACAACCAGAUUAUGGGUUCUAUAAGAAGGUAACACCUGGAUUAUGGAUGUUGUAUUAAAGAUAACGACUAGAUUAUAUAUGAUACUAAAACAAUAACUGGAUUCACUUCAAAAAAGGGACUAUAACUUCUCAGUCUGGAGUACCUCUAUUUCCUCUAGUCAAUAAUAUGUUAAUAAACUCUGAAGGAACUUCAUUGCCUACAAUUGGAAAACUCCACUUACAUACUCAUAUAUAUAUAUAUAUGUGCUUGCAUGUUCUGAUCUUGCUUACGUGCUACUUGGACAAGACGAAAUUUUUUAUGUUACACCCUGUACCUCAAGUGUCACUUUUAUGUUGCCAAAAGUGGGAACAAAAAUAUAUAUGGGCCUUUUCUUGUAUACCUUAUUUAUUUGUACAUAUCUAUUGCAUGUCAGUGUUACUCGAAAACAUAACGAAAUACUGUUGUCUAUGAUGACCAAAUUUUUAAAUAAACUUCACACACAAUAUAAUGUAAUUAGAUCUUUUUAAAAUAAAAAAACAUUGGUGCGUUCUAUUACUUUAGUAAGACGAAAAAACUGAUAUGAGUGUUUUGAUUUGCAAAAACAAAAACAAAAAAGCCGUUGCAUUCCAACUAUUGCAGAAUUAUACGCAGUUCUUACUUAUUGUUUAUAGUAUUUAAAAAAUUACUUUCAACCGAUCUAAUAAAAAGUGUACGAUUUAUAAAUGAUUGUAAAACGAUAAAAAUGAUUACAAUCUAUACACUACAAGAAACAUUGAAACGUUAGUAGAUUUAAACCUACACACCGCAAGAAACGUAUCGAACAGUGAAAUAUUGGUAAACUUUACAAUCUUAACUAUGAAAUAUUUAAACUUUAGUACAUUAAAGCAUACACACAACAAGAAACGUAUCAAACACUGAAAUAUUGGCAAAUUUUUACAAUCUACGCACCACAAUAAACGUAUGAAACAUUUAAACGUUUGUAGAUUAAAACCUACACACCGCAAAAAACAAAAUAAAAAAAUGAGCAUCAAACACUGAAAUACUAGACAAUUCUACAAACGACAGUGAAUGUCAUGGAUAUUUAACGUUUCAGAAAACAUUCAAACUACAACUGAUAACUGAUAUUCGUAGUUAGCGUGUCUUUUCAGGUGAUAAAAAACGGUAUUCUCAAAAUAAAAAAAUAUUAUUCUUAGGUUAAUUUAUGAAUGUCCUUGACGAAUAAAUUAAUCUGGAUAUACAUAUAAAAUUAUUAAAAAAAUAACAGUUUCAUUGAAAGGAAGCCUAAAUAUAUGUCUUAUUGGCAUCAGGUGGAAUAACGUUAUUUUAUAUGAAACAUAGAUUCUGUAUGCGUGAUGAUCAUAUAAUUCCUAACAGAAUAUUUUGAUCCCUGUUACUGCAAACUUGGUAAACAAAUAUUAUAAAAUUGACUCAUGCAUGUAAAUUAGUCGAAAAUUACUUAUAUAUGUAAAUAUAUGUUUUAGUUACAACAUUAUCCCUUUAUUACUCGUAUUAUGAAAAUACGAUGGGGAAAAAUGUUUUCUUUGAAUUAUAUAUAUAUAUAAGUCUGUAUUGCACAAAACAUACGUUUUUUUAAAUAUUUUUGCUAAGUUAUAAAUGGAUUCGUUACCUAUAAGUAACAUUCUCCAAUUGCGGAACCAAAAAAAAAUCCAUGGUUUAUUUAGACUGUUACCUGUAAGUAAGAGCAUCCAACUACAGAAUUGAAGCAUUUGUGUGUGUAUUAAGUAACAAAGAUAGAUUUACUGCCUGCACGUUACUAUGUGCAGUAGAGAGUUAAAUACUGACAGUCCAAACUAUAAGAUACGUAAAUAUUUACUAAAUGAAAAUGUGUGUGAUUCUAUACAAUAUUUGGAAAAUUUCAAGUUUAAACUUUAGUAUUUUAUAGAUUUGUAAAUCUUGAAUCAAACGUGAUCAUUCGGUAAAUAAUGUGAAUAUUUAAUUUCUGUAGUGCAUAUUGGUGUACAGAAGCCAUUUUAAUACUAGAAAUAAAAAACCUUAUAAAUCAAACUGUUUUUGUUUUAAUUUAAUUGGACACUCAGCGUUUCACUUUACAGUUUCUUCAGGAGCAUUCACUAAAACACAAACUGAAACUGACAGUACAAAGCCUCAAAGCUUCUAUUCGAGUUUAACGACCACAGAUGAAUAUGGACAAAGGAUAGUGAUAUAUAAUUUUAAUUAUUUUAUCGUUUUUAAUUUACUUUUUAACCUAUCUGUUUGUUAUUUCACUCUGUAACCUUUAUAGGACUUUUGUUUACCACAGGUAACAGUAAAUUAUUUCAACAAUACUUUUCUUUCAACAAUAAGCGUUACUACGUAAUUGUCAAAAGCAUGCUGUACAAAUGCACAUUAUAGAUUCGAAUAACAUUUAUUAUCUAAACCAUUUGAAGCUUUGUACUGUCAGUUUUGGUUUGUGUUAUAGUGAACGCUCCUGAAGAAGCUGUAAAGCGAAACGUUAAGUGUCUAAUUAAAUAAAAACAACAUUUCUAGUAUUGAAAUAAUUUGAUUAGUUUGUAUGCUAUUUGCUCAUCAAUGCUCCGACUUACAUGCUAAAGUUGUAUUGAUUGAUGUUCUAUAGAUUGUCAGGUUUAAAGACAAAAAUGUUUCAACUAAAAUACAUAACAUUUUACAAGCCUAUUUAUUCUUAAAUUAAACUUAAUAUCUUCCUAAACAUAUUGAUGUUUUACUGAUUUAGAGAAAUUUGAAUCAUGUUUCAAAUGUACCUUUAAGUUAAUUUUGUUGAUAUUUUAUUUUAUUGAAUAUUAUACCAAACGCAAUUCCCAUGCAGGUUUUUUCAUAUUUUGUUGUAUUUAUUAUAUUAUGUUCAAUCAAACUUUAUUGCUUGGCUAAGUUCAUUUAUGUUUUAUUAGUUUUAAUAGAUCUUCAAUAUAACUUCUUAUGGGUUUUACUAGGUUAUUUAAUCUUGAAUAUAGGUAAAAACGCGUAUGUCACAAUGGAUUAUCAUAUCUUUAACACAAAGUAAUAAACAAUAAAACAAAACUUUUAACUAUAUUAUGAAUAUGAUUAUAGUAGAAUCUUUCGUGAAACCAUCAGUGUUUUAUUAUUUAUUUGAUCCAACAAGAUGCUUGCUUUUUUGUAAAGUGUAUUUUGCGUAUAGCAACUUGAAAUGACUAAAAGUAACAAAUAUUUGACAUUCACGAUGUUAGAAAAACACGUAGGUACAAGAAGUCUUGAUAGAAAUU